GAUGGUUGGUUUGGAUCGAUCCGUGGUUGAAGUAUAACCUCAAUCUGCUCGUGGGGCCUGACUGGCGGUGGUCAAUGCCAACGAAUGUAUACCGCAGCCGCGUCGUCGUCGUCUCUCUCUCUCUCUCUCUCUCUCUCUCUCUCUCUCUCUCUCUCUCUCGUAAUCGUAUGACUUGUAAGGGAUUGGAUUUGUGAAUCAUUUCCAACGACUAUCCCAGUCGGUCUAGUUCCCAUUUUCUCACUUCCUUGACCAAUCGUUGCGUUGUUCUGUUCGAUUCGAUCGAAGUUUGUGCGACCUUGCAGAAAGUCAGGUGAGGAUUUCCAAGUUUUAAGCCUUGCGAUUUCCGUAGAAAAGUAUUGAUUCGCAACAACCCCAGAUCGAUUAUUCGUCGGAAGGCCAAACAAGAGCUCCGACCGAGAAAUAUAUGAUCCAUGGUGAAGGAGACGGAGUACUACGACGUCCUCGGGGUUAAUCCCACGGCAACGGAGGCUGAAAUUAAGAAAGCUUAUUACAUCAAGGCACGACAGGUCCAUCCAGAUAAAAAUCCAAAUGAUCCUCUUGCAGCACAAAAUUUUCAGGUGUUAGGAGAAGCAUACCAAGUACUGAGUAAUCCAGAGCAAAGACAGGCUUAUGAUGCUUAUGGGAAAUCAGGAAUCUCAACUGAUGCAAUCAUUGAUCCUGCUGCCAUCUUUGCAAUGCUUUUUGGGAGCGAGCUAUUUGAAGAAUACAUUGGACAGCUUGCCAUGGCAUCAAUGGCUUCUUUGGAUAUUUUCACAGAAGGGGAACAGUUUGAUGCUAAGAAGUUGCAAGAGAAGAUGAGGAUUGUUCAAAAGGAAAGAGAAGAGAAGUUAAUCCAAACACUUAAAGAUCGUCUCAUCCCUUAUGUGCAAGGAAACAAAGAUGAAUUUGUUCGUAAUGCUGAAGCUGAAGUAUUAAAGCUAUCUAAUGCAGCUUAUGGCGUUGACAUGUUGAACACAAUUGGUUACAUUUAUGCAAGACAAGCAGCCAAGGAACUCGGUAAAAAGGCAAUCUACUUAGGUGUUCCAUUCAUAGCUGAAUGGUUUAGAAACAAAGGUCAUUUCAUCAAAUCUCAAGUUACAGCAGCAACAGGUGCACUUGCUUUAAUUCAACUCCAAGAGGACAUGAAAAAACAGCUGAGUGCAGAGGGAAAGUACUCAGAGGAAGAACUUGAAGAAUACAUGCAGUCACACAAGAAACUAAUGAUUGAUUCUCUUUGGAAACUCAAUGUAGCAGAUAUCGAAGCCACACUUUCACGCGUCUGUCAGAUGGUUCUUCAAGAUAAUAGUGUGAAGAAAGAGGAGCUGCGUGCAAGAGCUAAAGGAUUAAGGACACUUGGAAGAAUCUUUCAAAAGGUAAAAACAGGAAAUGGAAGUGAAGGUGAAAUGUUACAUGGUGGAAGUGGAAUGCAUAAUAUUAAUGGAGUUGAUGGGGAUAAUGUUUCAAGAGGUGCAGAAUUUGGUCAAAGCUCUCAAAGUCAAACCACCAUGGCACCUCAGAGUCCAUAUGUGGAAGCUCCACCGUUUGUGGGUGUUGAGAAUUUUCACUUUCCGAUGCCGACUGCGCCACCUGGAGCUCAGAGGUUUCAGUGAAGAUGGAAUGGAAUGGAUUAAUGGAAUGGAAUGGAAUGAUGGUAUGUGUUGUAUGUAUCAUUGUGGUAUUGGAGUUGAAUUUGUUUGUAUUUGUUGAGUGAAUAUUCAUGUGAUGUGAAGUUUGGAUUGGUUUUUAAAAGCACAUAUAAUGUAUUUGUGUUAGAGAGAUGUGCUUAUGCCUUAUGCCUUAUGUUUGGUUAGGGUUUGCUGACAUCAGCAUGGUGUUAUAUAUACUAUUCACUAUUGCCUCUUGUUUGAA